CUGGCGGGGCUGGCGCUGGCGACCCACUCCGAGCGGGCCUUCGACGUGCUGGAGCAGCUGGCCACCGGCAGGUCAUGGUGGGCCCGGCUCGCGUGUCUUGACUACGCGUUGCCACUAUUAUUCUACGGGCUGCCGCUGUUGUGUGCCGUGCCGGAGCGCGCCGUGCGAGCCGAGAACUUCGCCCUGACGCUGAUGAGAGAUGCCAGAGUUGAGGUCCGCAAGUCAGCCGCCAAGCUUCUCACAGGUCUGAUGCACUGCCGCGCUCUCCAGGACGAGGAGUCGACUCUGCGCUCGUUGAACCGCAGCUGCCGGUCCAAGGAGUUACGUGAGCGUCACUGCGGGGUGCUGGGGCUCUGCGCGUACCUCUCCUCCAGACCUUACAGCUUAGGACCAAAACUAGGCGAUGUGUUGGCGGAACUUGCGAGACAUAUAAACGCGCCGGACCCAAUACCGGCUACUAUUCGCGCCGCCCUCGCGGACUUCAGGCGGACGCACCAGGACGACUGGCCCAAACACAGGGAACAACUCACUGAAGAAGAACUCGACCUGCUCGCUGAUCUAACGUCCCCGCCCACUUAUUGUGCCUAAUUUGUGUUAUUUUCACCUUGUAGUAUGUUGGUUCUAUUAUAGGCGAAAAUGACAUUGCUUCAAGUACAAGUAGGUGUAAUAUGAUACGUGUACUAGCUGCAUGCUUCGAUGGCCGUUUUGACAUUCUCCCGCACAAGAAGUUCGUCUUCAGUAAGUGAUCACCGCUGCUCUCAUUCUAUUGUGACACCAGACGAAUUACAAUAGCAUUGCCAGCUUUUAAAGAAGGGAGAGGGCAGAGAUGACAUUUAUUAUACGACUUUCUAAACAAUUCUAUAUACGAGAGUACAUAAUAUUUUAAUCGAUAUCACGGUUAACCAUUGUAAUGUCAAGACGGACAUCAAAGCGGCCCGCCACCAGACUCGGCGGCCAAGUGUGAGUCGCUGUUUGCAUUUCGUUGUUUCAUUGUUUGUAUGUAGUGUUACAAAUGUCAAUGUAUAAAAAGCAUUUUGUGAAUGUGACAGUUAAAAGUCGAUGCCAUCGAAAGUGUCAGUGCCAUUUACAUGUUACAUUCAGAUGGUGACACAAGGAUAAGGUUCUAAAAUAAUUUAAUAUUAUUAUUUUAUGCAUUUCUUCUGUAUUAUUUAAACACUACAUAUCUGUUGACCGUAUUUUACCAUUACAGUGGAUACAUUAUUUUAAUCACGCCAAUAAAUUGGUAGAUUUUUAUUAUUAAUAACUAUCGCCUCUUAAUCUUUAUUGUAACAAAUUAUUAUCUUUCCGGCCAUAAAAAACUUUAAUAACUCAAGUGUAGCCUGAAACAGACCAAUAUAAACUUAUAAGAGUUUUAACCCUUUAAUAAUGCUCAAUUUAAAAGAAAUCGUUUUUAAUUGUGUUGUAUGUGUGUGCUCAAUAAAACCAUUUUCUAUUGUAAAUUAUUAUAAAAUAUCCAAUUUUAUGUAAGUACGCACAAUUUUUGCGCACGAAAUAAUUAUUAAUCGGCCCAAUGCUUUUAUUAGAGAAAAAAUUAAACUUAUGAAGUGUUUCAACUAAGGCGGAUUUAAGUUAGUAUUGAUUUUAAGUAAUAGAGGUGUGUGGGCUUAUAUAUAGUAAAUACAUUUUUUUUCCUACAAAUGGACUUACAAAGGUUGCCAUUACUAUAUUAUUAUAAUCAUAGGGUUCAUAUCCAAAGGAAUAAGCAAACUAUAACUUUUCUAUUGUAAUUUGGGCAUUCUAUAUAAGUGAUCAGCGCCGCCUUCUCUUUGUCACAACAAUACAAUUAUUUUACAGAGGGGGGGGGUUCGCAAAUGACAUGUGAAACUUACUUUGUUUUAUAAAAUUUAUUUUUGAAACAGGAGUGAUAUUAUAAGUGAUAACCUUUGUAUACAAUAAGUACUAUUGUUUUGGACACAGCUCAAUGUACGGCGCUGGCUUGUACAAUGUUUUAUAUUUGACUUUCACGAACUAGCUCGGAUUAUUUUAAUGACUGUUUUUGAAUGAAAAAUUUCCAUCAGUGACCUAUUAGGAGAUAUCUACGGUUUUAAUUCAAAGCGGGGUUGAUGACCGAAUUUUAAGUGCAACAGCGCUGGGUUAUAAUCUUUUCGUUUAAUAGCUCUAAUAUUAUAUCGCUUUGAGCGUGGGAGGUUUAGACAACUGGUGCGGGGAUUCUAAUCACAUAAUAUUGUGCAAUGUGAACUAUUUCUGGUGAUGGUUUCCAAUGGGAGGAGUUUAAUAAAAGCGGGUAUUAGAUAUAAAGGCACUACUUAGCCGUAAAUUUAAAUAACUGUUGUGAUUUCUCUGGUAUAAUUGUUAAUUUUUAUCAUAAUAACAUUAGGGGGAUCAUUCUAUUUAAGUCGAAUGAAAAGACUACAGUCACAUAUUAUAUAUUUAUAAAUAAAAUCUCAACAUUGUUAGGGACAGCACAAUAUUCUUCGCGUAUUAUUUGUAAAAACUAAUAAUAUUUUGCAAACAUGUUUUUCAAAUUGAUUCACAUAAUUUAAUAACCCUCAGACCAAAUGAAAAGGUUACACAGACUCAGUGAUACACUCACACUCAUACAACAGGACUACGCCUUGAGCUCUUGAGUUGUCAAUCGACCCGUCGCUGCGCGUGGAAGUAAUACCAUACAAAAUUUCAUAAAUGAAAUGUAGGUAUGAAUGUAUGUAUAAUGAAUAUGGUGAAUCGCCAAAAGAAAUUGCACUUUUACUUAAAAAAAAAUUAUUUUUGUAAUUUUGGGGUAAUUUAGAUAAUCAUAGCGAUACUGACUCAUGUAACACUUGUUUGAGAACCUGCCUCAUAAUUCCGUCUUAUAUAUUUGCUCCGAGGGCCUUAAUAACCAAGUCAAAUUAUCUUUAACACAUAAUUGUUGAUGUAAUUUAGUCUUCUUGAAAUUUAUGAUACCCUGCGAAAUCCUACUUGACAACCUCGUGGCGUUCAAGCGGGGUGGUGAGAGAUAUUCACCUUGACAGUCUAGACUCUUAGCUAUUUAUGAUGGCGCCACGCGCGCCAUACAAUUGUCAGGAACAAAUUUGAAGACUUUUACUUGAAUAUCCGGUAUUUAUAUUUCGGGCGGUUUAUAUAGAAUGAACUCCUUAACUAUUACUAUAGUAAUAACUAUUAUAAACUAAGAAAUUGGUGUUACAAUAACAUAAUCUUGUCUUCAACUGUAAUCAAAUACAGUGUAAACUCUUUAACGAAUCGUAAAGGACCGAACCUUUUUCGUUAUAUAGAGACUUUUUAUGUAUAUGUAAAGGGGAAAAAAUAACCAAAAUUUAAUUAUUAAUAAUUAUUAUAAAUAAUUUUAUUAUUUUCAAUAGGUAAUCGUUUCAGAUUUGUUUUACGACUGAUAAUAGAAAAUACCUAUGUGUCUAGUGUGUUUAGUGAAGUGUGACGAGAAUAACAUUUCCUAGAAUCAUUGUAGGUAAUAAAAAAAAAAGUUACAUUCGAGGCAAUAAAAAUAACAAAAGCAUAGCAGUUGUUUAUAUCUCAGGGUGUAUGUCUUAGAAAUUUUGGAAGAAAAGAUUGAUGUAGUCGGAUACUUUUGUAAGACGAUUAUUAAAACAAUUACACUAUUAAAUACUGCUGUAAAUAUCUGAUGGUGGCUAAUACCGAACAUUAUAUUUGUUCUAUUGGUUAACGGAGUGUACUAAUUGAUGUAUGGCACAACGUUAACCAACCGAAUUGAACAAACUUCUAUGAUAUUAGAAGUAGGUCGUUAUAACGAAAGAUGUAAUAAAGAGUUUACACUGUAUGUUGAAAAUAUUGGAUAUAAUUAUAUAAUCAGUGUUAUUAUAAUAUACUUCAGUAGUGAUAAAUGUAUCUGUGUGUACAAUAUAAGAUGCUUUCGGUCGUUCCUACUUCUGGUAGGUCUGGUCCCGUUUAUUUAUCGGAUGUCGUUGUUUAAUUUAAUACCGAUCAGAUCGAAAGAAGUGAGAACGGGUCCACGGGGUAUGUGGAGUCUAUGGUAACUUCUACCCCAUGCAAUGGAAUUAAAUGUAAGAACAUUACAUGGUGGUCAUACAUUUACUGCCGGUUUUCAACUUGCUGAUUUCAAGCAAAACCCACAUUCCCCAUACCGUAUGGCAGCCUUAUUUUAAUUAAUACCAACCCUUCAAACUUAUCAAUUGAAAAUAUUUUGAUAGUUCUAAUAUUCGCGAAGUAUAAAAACACCGGUAAGGUUAGGCGAGUCGCAGGUUCUCCUGAACAAAGAUAGUUAGAAGAUAUAACACAUUAUGUAACAUAAUGUGCUUUUAUUUAUAAUAUAUUUUAGUAAAGUAGACAACGUACAAGGUUGCCUAAAUAAUAAAUACAUUCAACCCUCAGAAUAACUAGAAUCUCUCAUUUAUUAUACAUUUAUUUUGUACAAGCUGGUAUUUGAGGCUGCUAAUCGGAGCAUCCAACUUAAUAAUUACAACAUAAUAGUGUUUAAAAUAAUAAAAUGUGAUGUUGUAACUUGAUGUAUGUUACCGUACCGUAUGUAGGUAGGUACCGGUAUUACAAAUAGUUAUGUUUCAGUGUUUGCCAUGUCUAUCCUCAACGCUUCUAUGCUAUCUUUCAAAGUAAAAAUCAGUGAUCGAUACUAUCAUUUUACUAGCCGCAAUUCUAUCCAUGCGAGGCUAGUAUGAUUAAGUUGAAAACUGCUUCGAUGAUGGAAUAAUAAUAAUAAUCGGAUCGCAUACAUAGAAUGCGAGAAAGAGAGCUAUAGAUUGGCAAUACUCUUCCCGCCCACGAGCGGCUAGUAUCGCAUUAAAUGUUUCCGUGUUUCAACAGCACGCUCUAUUCCACGCUCAGCACACAAUAAGUUGACAAGUGUACUUAUUUGACGAUUGGUUUUUAUUAUUUGACAAUAGAGUAUUUCUUCAACUUAAAAAUGUUUUUAAUGAACUUGUUAAGUUCUUAGUAAAGCAACUUAAAUUAAGUUAAACCAAAUUUAUUUUCAAUAUUAAACAGUUAUAAUGUUUUUAGAACUGUAUUUUUAAUUUAUUAAGAUUAUAUGGAAAAGAUAACUUGUAUAUUAUUUUAUUUUGUGAAGACAAUAGAUACAUUUAUUUUUAUAUGUAUAUACUUAUGUCUAUAAUGUCUAAAAAGAAAUGUGUUUUUCGGGUUCCGGCAAAUAAGAUCUACUGCAUGACUGGGACUUGAUUAGGUAUUAUAGAUGCAUUACAUAAUUAAAACGUCUCGAUAGAGCCUCUUGCUGUUAGACACCGAUGAAAACAGGCCAGGUUUAAAACUUUAGUGUGCGUUACAAGCAAUGGCUUACACUUAUAUUAUGUCACUUUGUGUUAAUGUGCGUGAAUGAUGCUCAAUAGAGUCGAUCAACAUUUAUUUGGAAGUUUUCACAGGUGUCACAGUCUAUCUAGACGUACUUAUAAAUGAUGUAAUAAAAGUACUUUAAGGCACACGUUAUUAAGUACGUAUUAUUGAUUCGGUAGUGCUUUGUAAACAAAAUAAUACGUGAUUCGAGAUUUUUUCAUGAACCUUACAAGUAUAUGAAUCAUUAUAAAUACUUUGGUUCAAAACUUCAUAUGAUAUUUUUUUUAAAUAUAAAUCCACUGUUCAAGUAUAUUAAUUUAACACAUUUAUUAUUUCCCAGGAGAUUCUUGUGGUCGGACCCUUGAACACAUGUGAAUGUUUAUAUUGUUUAUUUUUGGAUCAUGAGGGUUAGAUAAUUGAAUGUAAAAUAUACCUACUACUAAUCUGGUCAAAUAAAGUAUCGCAUUGAGGUGUUUCUUGGUUAAAUGUGAAAA